UCAGCUUCAGAUAAUUAAUAAAAUAAAUGUUCAAAUGCAUGUCACUGGUUCAGGUUCCUUUAAGAACAUGAAAGAGUUUUUGACAAACCUGCUUCACUUUGACAUGAACGAGUCUUUUCUGUUCGUUUUAAUGUGACCGAGCAGCGCCAGCAGAACCCUUCAGGCUGAGUUCAGAUGUUCUCUGGAUGAGCCUGAAGUCUGAAGCCCGGAGACGUCAGAACAUGGAGCUGCUGCGUUCAGACGUUCUGCUCAGGUCACAGCUGUGAAUGUCAUGUUUGAAUGUCAUGUUCUGUGUUUUGUGCUUCGUUAGUUUUGAGGUCGACAAGUUUUAAUUUAAUGAAUUUUCUUGUUUUUUGUUGUUUCCUUUGAGCCGUUCUUUUAUCCAGCGACAGCCGUCCUGCUCAUGAAGUCGUCCUGAUUGUAUUUGUUCUUGUUUGAAACACGACUUCGCUGCUUCGUGUGUUUUCUGUCCGCUGGAGGAGGAGGAGGACGUUUCUGGGAGGUUCCUCUCCAACCUUCUCUGUUUCCUUUCCUCCCUCGAUCAGAGGAAGCUGUGCAGCGUCGCCUGGCUGGACGUCGUCCUGAUAACGGACUGAACUCUGCCACACUUCUCUGCCUCUAUAAGCUGCAGCGUUCUGUCAGUUCUGCUCAGAGCCCGCCAUGUUCUGGCUGCUGGUUCCUGCAGGUUCUGUUUAAACCAGAGCAGAGAGCUGAGCUGGAUUUGUUCUUCUUCUCUGGAUGUUUGAGGAUCUAUGAUGCUGCUGCUGCUGCUGCUGCUGCUGUGUCUGCAGGCGUCUGGACAGGAGCAGACUCCUCCUCCUGGACGCUGUGAUUUCCUCCAGAGGGAGGAAGGUCAUUCUAUCUGCACUUCCUGCGCCGCCGUCAGCAGCUGCCCCCAAGGAUCCAUUAGCGCAGGAACCACAAACUGCAGCUACCUGGUCCAGGUGGGCAGCAGGGAGCUCCAGCUGCAAGGAUGUCAGCACAUCUGUGUGAGGAGCUUCAUGUACCCUCAAUGCUGCCCUCAACACUGGGGGGCGCUGUGCCUCCCUUGUCCCAGCUGGUCUGGAAAAACCUGCAACUUCCACGGAGUCUGCGUUGAUGGAGACGUCGGCAACGGAAGCUGCAUCUGUGACGACGGUUUCUCUGGUGUCUCGUGUCAGAACUGUAAGAAUCCAAACGCUUACGGAGAAAAGUGUGAUAAAGUGUGUGACUGUGAACAGGGAGUGUGUAACAAAGGUCCAGAUGGUGAUGGCCAAUGUCUGUGUCAGCCUCCGUACACCGGGAGGCGCUGUGACCGCGUGAGCAGCGGCUGCCAGAGCUGCGGUCCGUACUCAUACUGCCGGGGAGACGAAGACAGCGCCACCUGUGAAUGUCUGCCGGGUCACAGGAGGACGAACCAGAACCGAUGCACAAGUGUGUGCUCUCAGAGCGACUGCGACCCAAACGCCCAGUGCUCCUCUCAGGGGUCCCGGAUCAGCUGCGCCUGUAAACCCGGCUACGUGGGCGACGGCCGGCUCUGCGUUCCCAGAAACCCCUGCAGCAGCGACAACGGCGGCUGUCCGCCCAACUCCACCGUCUGCGUCUUCAAGGGGCCCAACAAGUCCAGCUGCGAGUGCAUGGCCGGCAUGUCUCCAGUAGGAGGCAGCGCUGAGUUCGGCUGCCAGCUGGUCUCUGCCUGCUCAGCUGAUACCUGCCACUCCAGCGCCACCUGCAGGACCGAAAUGGACGGACGACCGAGGUGCAUGUGCGAGGUGGGUCAGAUCGGUGAUGGACGGCGUUGCUACGGCAACCUGAUGGCGCGUCUGUUGGAACUGGACCGAAGCGGCAGCCAGAGGGAGAACCUGACCGGAGCCGUGGCCCUGUUCGAAAAAGGAUGUUUGCAGCUGCUGAGCCACAACGGACCGUUCACCGCCUUCGUCCCGCUGCUGAAGACGCCGCUGACGGGCGUCAACGAGGAGCUGCUGUGUAAAAACCACCUGAUCUUGGGUCAGUUCCUCUACAGAGACCUGGAGGGCCGAGACUUCAUCAUGUACGGAGGAGCCAAGCUGAGGACCAAAGACAACAAGAGAUUCAUCCUGAUGGAGGAUCCCAGCAGGUUCUACUCCAUCAUCCUGCAGGACCUGCCAGCAGCCAAUGGCAUCAUCCACAUCAUCGACCGGCCAAUCAGCAGCUCGCAGGCUGACGGGGCGGCUCGAGACCAGCAGUUUUCGGAUUUGACAGUUGGAGAGAUUCUGACUAAAGAUGGAAAGUUCAACCGUUUCCUGUCUCUGGUGGACAACUGUGGGUCGCCGCCGCCUCUGAGGGGUCCGGGUCCGAUCACCGUGUUCGUCCCAACCAACCAGGCGAUAGACCGAGCUCGAGACGGCAGCAUCCUGUACAUGCUGCACGACGCCAAACACAAACUCCAGGAGCUGCUGCGACACCACGUCUUCUCCAAGGCCGUGCUGACGGUGGAUGAACUGAACGCUCUGCCUCGUAUCCAGACGAUGGCCAAUCAGAUGGUCAGCAUCAGUGUGUCGGAUGAUGGACAGAUCUUAUUGGGCGAUAAAGGCGUCCGGCUGGCGAGCACCAACAUCAUGGCGGCCAACGGCAUCAUCCACAUGAUUGACGGGCUGCUGUUCCCGCCCUCCAUUCUGCCCAUCCUCCCCCACCGCUGUGAUGUCACCGAGAGCAAAAUCACCGUGGGUCCUUGUGUUCACUGCAGCUACCUGUAUGAGACUCAGUGUCCAGACGGCAGCGUUGAAAUGGACAGUCACCAGGUCGGCUGUGAAUACGUCCAGUCUCCUCUUCACUCGGCACUCAGCAAAGGCUGCGCUAAGUUCUGCAACGCCACCAAACAGGUGGCCGAGUGUUGCAGAGGGUUCUUCGGUCCCGACUGUAAGCCCUGCAUCGGAGGAUUCCAGCACCCCUGCUACGACAAAGGAACUUGCUUCGACGGUAUCCAUGGUAACGGGUCGUGCAGCUGCCGGCCCGGUCUGACGGGCGUCGCCUGCCACAUCUGCUCCGAUCCGACCAAACACGGAGAACACUGUGACGAAGAGUGUCGUUGUGUUCACGGAGUGUGUGACAACCGUCCAGGCAGCCGAGGCGCUUGUCGCAGAGGAUCCUGUUUGGAUGGAUUCUCUGGAGAUUUCUGCGAUAAGAUGGCGACACCUUGCAACUCCGAUGGUCUGCUGGAACACUGCCACAUCCACGCAUACUGCACACACACAGGACUACACACAACGUGUUUGUGCAGAGAUGGAUACGAAGGCGACGGACACUCGUGUUCCCCCGUCAACCCCUGCAGCCGGACCGACCGGGGAGGCUGCGACGCCAACGCCCAGUGUGCGCCGCUGCGUCCAGGUGAGGCGACCUGUGUGUGCGCUGAAGGCUGGACCGGCGACGGCAAAGUUUGCAUUGAGAUCAACAACUGCGCGGCGGCGACUCGAGGAGGCUGCAGCGCCAACGCCGACUGCAACCACAUCGGGCCCGGACAGAGUGAGUGUGUUUGUAAAACUGGUUACAUGGGAAACGGGAUUGUGUGCGACCUCGUCAACCCCUGUCUGAAAAACAAUGGAGGCUGUCAUGGACUGGCCAAGUGUGAGCUGAAGGAGGGUGGAGCUCACACCUGUACCUGUCCAGACGGAUACGCAGGAGACGGAAACAUCUGCUACGGAAGCUUACUGGAGGAGUUGGACAUGAACACAGAGUUCUACAGCUUCUACCGGCUCACUCAGACGUUCAGCCACCUUCCCGAGGACCUGACUGGGAACGUCACAGUGCUGGUUCCAUCCAGAGAAGCUGUGAGGAACAUGAGUUCUGCCGAUUACACGUUCUGGACCAGCCGGCACCACGUGCCUCACUUCCUGCGGUCUCACUACCUGCCGGGGAUCUUCUCUGUGGAGGACCUGGACCGGCUGGUGGGCCACAGACUGGACACCAUGAACCCUUCGACCCAGUGGGAGGUGACCAACAGCAGCAGGGGGAUCCGGAUCGGAAACGCCUCCAUCACCAGCCACAACCUGCCGGCGCUCAACGGCUACAUCCACGUCAUCGACCGGGUCCUGGUUCCGUCCCGGGCGGACAUCCCUCCUGAGCCACCCGUCCUCAUGUCCUUCCUGAACUCAUCCUCUAACUUCAGCCUGUUCAGACAGUUUGCUGCAAUGUACAACCUGUCGGAUCAGCUGGGCACGUCCCCCUUCACCCUGCUGCUGCCCUCAGAUGCAGCUGUGAGGAAACACCUGGACAGAACCAACUCCUCUGUCCUGGACUCGGAUGUGUUUCAGUACCACCUGGUUCCCAAUGAGCUGCUGUUUGUGGACCACCUGGCCGACGGGAUGCUGAAGAGCACUCUGCUGGGCGCUGACUACCAGGUCCAGUUCCACCUGGACCACCAAAACCAGACGGUGGUGAACGACGUUCCUCUGGACGGAGGCUUCAUGGAGACGCAGUAUGGCGUCAUCAUCUUCCUCCCGCAGCUCCUCCAAGUCCGACGCAACCGAUGCAGCAAACCGGUCGCCCUGCAAGUCAGUGGUCGGUGUGCGGACUGUGAUGGACCUCCUCGAUGCCUCUUCAGCUACAAACCGAUCAGACAACAGUUUCCAGCCAACAUGCGCUCCAACUGCAGAUACAGGAAGCGGGUCGGAACCAAGAGGAAGUCGAUGCCGGGCUGCGUCAUCAAGUGUCUCCGGAUGACCACGGAUCACUCCUGCUGUCCUGGCUUCUACGGUCACGAGUGCUUCAAGUGCCCCGGAGACGUCGGCAGCUGGUGCUCCAAUCACGGCGAGUGUCAGGACGGCAACCAUGGCAACGGGGAGUGCCGUUGCUACGAGGGUUUCCAUGGCACCGCCUGCGAGGACUGUGAGCCGGGUCGAUACGGAGUCAACUGUUCCUCCAAGUGUGUGUGCAACCACGGGAAGUGUGAGGACGGUCUGACGGGCAGCGGCAGGUGUGUGUGUUACAAAGGCUGGAAGGGACCUUCGUGUUCUUCAGAGAUCAAAGACGACGCCUGUGGAGGAAUUUGUGACGAGAACGCAAACUGUAUCACCGGACCUCAGGGCUCAGCUGCUGCCUGCCUCUGUGUGGCCGGAUACGAAGGGAACGGGACCUUCUGCAAACAACUGGAUCUGUGCAGUCGGUCCAACGGAGGAUGUUCUCAGCACGCCAUCUGUCAGUCGGUUUCAGCUGGAGAAAGAACCUGCAGCUGUAAGGAUGGUUACACCGGAGACGGAGUCGUCUGUCUGGAGAUGGACGGAUGUCUGGUGAACAACGGAGGCUGCCAUAAGUCAGCCGACUGCAUCCGAACCGGGCCCAACAUGACGGCCUGCAGGUGUCAGCUGGGCUUCCAGGGAUCCGGCAGAUACUGCUACCCAGUGAACCCCUGCAGGAACAACAACGGCGGCUGCAGUAAAUACGCUCGCUGUGAGUACAUGGGUCAGGGUCAGAGGAACUGCACCUGCCGAAUAGGUUACAUCGGCGACGGCAUCAACUGCCGAGGAUCCACCAGCACCGAAAUCUUUCGACAGCCGGAGAACAGCUUCUUCAGAGGGAUGCUGACGAACUCGGACGCCUCUCGGCUGUACGGUGACGGACCGUUCACGGUGUUCGUUCCUCUGGAGGAAACCAACAACCAGACCACUGUCGAUGAAUGGAAGGCGUCGGGUCGACUUAAUGCUCUGGUUCGCUAUCACAUCGUCUCCUGUGAGACUCUGACCUUCAGUGACCUGAAAACCACGGAGAAAGUUGUGGCGGUUUCCGGUCACAUGAUCCACUUUAACCUGCAGCAGGGUUCAGUUUGGAUCAACAACAGCUCGAGGAUCGUGAGGAGCGACUUCAUCACCACUAACGGAGUCAUCCACCACAUCGACAAGCUGCUGACGCCCUUCAGCCUCGAGGACAAACCCAAGCUUCAGGCCAAGACGAUGAACUUCAGCUCAGCAGCCGCAUUUUAUGGCUACGGACGCUUCUACAAGCUGGUGGAGGACGCCGGGCUGCUGCCGGUGCUGCAGACGUCCAUCCACCAGCCCUUCACCGUGUUCUGGCCCACGGACCGGGCCCUGGAGGCCCUGCCGGACGAGAGGCAGCGCUGGCUGUCCAGCCCGGACCACCGGGACCAGCUGGCCGCCACCGUCAAGGCCCACAUCGUCCGAAACUCCAGACUGAUGAACGUGGGCCAGGCCACCCAGUCGGCGUCGUUUCGCUCCAUGCACGGAUCCACCAUCAAGUACCGCUGUGACCGAAGCCUGGUGGGCGCCAUAUUGAUUAAUGAUAACGAGGCCAGAGUUGUGGAGCGUUUCCUGACCUUCAGCGAGGGCUUGGCCUUCGGCAUCGACCAGCUGCUGGAGCCGCCGGGCCUCGGAGCGUUCUGCGACACCGUCGAGAACAAAACCACCCACGGUCGCUGUGGAGGCUGCCUCUCCGCUCCUUCGUGCCCCCUCAGACACAUCGACGUGGGAACCAAAGAACGCUGCUACAACUAUCGUAGGUACGGAAUGGGAUACCCCCGCUGGUAUGGCGACCUGGACGACCACUUCAGCCGGAGGGGCUGCAAGAGAGUCUGCUUGUUCCCCUCCUGGGUCCAGAAGUGCUGCAAGAACCACUACAGCCGGGACUGUCAGGUGUGUCCUGGAGGUCUGGAGGCUCCUUGCGGAAACCACGGGACCUGCGACGACGGCCUCCACGGCUCAGGAAGCUGCUUGUGCUCCACAGGAUUCAGAGGAACAGCCUGUGAACUGUGCAGCCGCGGAUACUACGGAGCCAACUGCACAGCCUGUAGCUGUGGGAAACAGGGCCGGUGUGACGACGGCAUCGAAGGUUCUGGACAGUGUGUCUGCAGGCCCGGCUGGGACGGAGAACGCUGCCAGAUCAACAUCGGUUCGAUCCCAGAAGAGUGCCGGCGCUGCCACCUUCAGGCCGACUGUGUGUCCGGCGCCGGCUGUCGCUGUAAACCUGGAUUCCAGGGAAACGGGACCUUCUGCAGCCCAGAACCUCCUCCAGACCUCUGCUCCGAGUACAACGGCGGCUGCCAUCAGAGCGCCAACUGCAACCAGACGGGCCUGCAGGUGAACUGCACCUGUCACGGCGGUUACCAAGGAGACGGAUACUCCUGCGAGCCAAUCAACAGGUGUGUCGAAGAGCAAAACGGAGGCUGCAGCGACUUCGCUUCCUGCAAGUUCACCGGACCAGUAAGGACCAGAUUCCCUCUCAGUAAUCAGAUUACUUCUACAGCAGAGUAUCUGCUCGUGAGUCUAGUGUCACCAGGUGAGCGUGUGCAGGUGAAACUCACCUGGUUUCAUUCCUCAGAGAACACUGCUGGAGUUUUCCAUCUUCGCUCUCCGGAGGGAAAAUACAAGAUGAACUUCAGUCAGGCUGCUGCUGCCUGUCAGGCCGAAGACGCCACGCUGGCGAGCUUCAAACAGCUGGGAGACGCUCAGCAGCUCGGGAUGCAUCUGUGUGUUGCCGGCUGGUUAGAAGGAGGGAAGGCUGGAUAUCCGACCCGGUUCCCCUCAGCCAAGUGCGGAGACAACCAUGUGGGUCUGGUGAUGUACAAAGAACCUGUGGACCAGAGCAGCCUGUACGACACCUUCUGCUACAGGCUCAGAGAUGUUUCCUGCUCCUGUCCUGCCGACUACGUUGGAGACGGAGGGUUCUGUCACGGCGUUCUGACCGACGUUCUGGCAACGUACAGCAACUUCUCCGUCUUCUACAAGAUUCUGUUGGACUACAGCGGUUCAUCGUCUGAGGGCCGAGAGCUGGUUGAGUUUCUGUCUCACAGGACGUCUGAAGUCACUCUGUUUGUUCCUCAUAACGCUGGAUUCACCCAGAACCAGACUCUGUCUUUCAGAGACCUCCAGUACCACGUCUCAGCCAAUCACAGCAGGCGACCUUAUAAGGACCUGAGACACCAGGAAGUGAUCACAUCGAGGCUCGGAGUCAAUCUGACAGUUACCCACAGCAACAACCAGAGCUGUAAACUGGUGAACCGGCUGCUGCUGCUCGACUGGGACGUUCCCGCCGUUAACGGCAUCAUCCACAUCAUCGAGGCGCCGCUGAAGGCUCCGCCCCCACCGGUGUUCCAUGACGGCUCCAGAGGUCACGCUCACUCCAGCAGUACAGCGUCGGCCAUCUUGGUGUCUGUGUUUCUGGCCUGUUUAUUGGCUGCUCUCGGAUAUUAUGUCUUCAAACACAAAACCGACGCCUUCCGCUUCCACUACUUCAGAAACGAUGAUGAGGACGGCGGCGGCAGGAUGAAGCCAACACUGGUGUCGAUCCCAAACCCUCUUUACAACGGAUCCAGAGCCUUCGCUGAACCCUUCGGGGAGUCCGGUCCGGAGGAGGAACCAGCAGAACCAGAAGAACCUCCAAACAUUCUGGAGCUGGAGCAGUAAAACCAGUUUGUCCAGUGACAGACCACAGUGUUCAUUAACUCCUGAAGAAGCAUCUGUUCAGGUCACUCCAUAAAAAUCAUCUGAUUCUGUAUCUACGGGGACUUCAGUCCCGUUCAUGAGGCCAUGCCAUGUGUAGGGACCUGCUUCAUCCACAGCUGGUGCAUCUGAUUCUUCUGAACUGAAACUAAUCAUGACAGGGAAACACUGACUUUUACUAAAAACUGGGCUUUCUUAGAAAAUAAACAGAAAUAUCUGUGUCAGGUUCUGUUCACAGUUUGCUGAUUUGUUUUCUGGGACCCAAAAUUCAAGAUCAAUAAAACGUUUUGGGUGAA